AUAUGUCACAUUUUUAAAUAUGGUGUGUCAAGUUCACACAAGUAGUAUUUUCUUCUGUUUUACGCACAUUUGUUGGUAAUGAUGACGGAAGAAAGCACACUCACGAUAUAACAUAUGAUUAGCAACGUGAAACAUGAAAUCACGCAGUCACUUCAUCUCACAAGCACACUUUUAUUUGCAGAAUUCGCUGGCACACAUCAGAAAUUCGUGUUAACAUUCAAUGUGAAUUUUAUCCGAUUUCUUUUUAUAUUUUGUUAUAUAUAUAUGUGUGUUUUUUCAUAUUUGAUAAAAUUUAAAAUAGCAAACUUCCUUCCAAAUCUGAUUUUAGUCGGUUAGAAAGUUAAGGCUAACAUUAUCGCACAUUGAUAAGUCUGUUCAGGAAUUUCACUUUAUUUUAUAAUUCGAAUAACUCCUAAUAUAUGGUGAUGGUGACAAAAUAAGACCAAAUGCAAGUUUUGCUAACAGAUACUAAUCACUUUGAUUUAUCUAUUUGCACAGCGAAUAUAGUCCGAAUUAACAGCAAAAAACAAGUUUUUAAAUUUGUGACAAUAUUGAAGUGACCAGGAUUUCGUAGAAUCACGAUUAGAUAUCUAACUUUGUAUGUUAUAAUUAUUGCGAUUUACAGAUACUUGCACGUUGCCACGGGCGAAGGGAACAUGUAUGGAGAAGCAAUCUCGAUGGUACUUUGAUCAAUCAGAGAAUCGCUGUAUACCAUUUUAUUACACUGGCUGUAGUGGAAAUAAAAAUAACUUUGAAUCUAGAGAAGCAUGCGAGUUCGAUUGCCCGCCUAAAAUAGAGCAAGACAUUUGCCUUCUGCCUGCUCUCCUGGGUGAUUGUCGCAAUUACACUAAACGAUGGUACUACGAUUCCUACGAGCAACAUUGCCGGCAGUUCUACUACAGUGGAUGCGGCGGCAAUGAGAACAACUUCGAGAUCGAGCAUGACUGCAUCAACAGGUGCGUGCUGUCCAUCACCACACCGGCUCCACCAGGAAAAGAAGUUGAGUUUCGAGCAGAAUUCUGCUUCCUACCCGACGAACAUGGUCCGUGCACCGAAGACCAAACUAAGUGGUUCUACGACAGCCGCGACGGCAUAUGCAGACAGUUCCUAUACGGUGGCUGUCAGAGUAACGGUAACAACUUCAAUAGUCAGGAAGAAUGCGAAUAUCGCUGCGGGGAAGUUCAAGAUCUCUGUACGCUACCUAAGGUGAUCGGUCCUUGCGACGGCUAUGUGAAGCAAUUCUACUAUGACCGACGUACCGAUUCCUGCUAUGAAUUCGAUUACAGUGGAUGCCAAGGCAACAAGAAUCGCUUCCAGGAUAAAGUAUCAUGCGAGGUCAAGUGUAAGCGGCAACCUUCGCUAUCGGUAAGCCCCCAAAUCGUGACCACAGUAACUCCGCCGACCGAACAGCCGAAGAGCUCGAUCUGUUUGAUGCCACCUGAUGCCGGCAGUUGCGACGGCACCAUCAUCGCGUAUUACUACGACGCGCAACAGCAAAUGUGCCAAGCCUUUUUAUACGGUGGCUGCGGCGGAAACGCUAACAAAUUCCAGACGGAGGAGCAGUGCGAACGACUUUGCGGAAAGUUCUAUGGGCAAGACAUGUGUAAUCUCUCUAUGGACUCCGGUCCAUGCAAAGACGCUUCCUCCAAGUAUUACUACGAGUCAAGGACGCGCUCUUGUCGCGAAUUUACUUACGGCGGCUGUGACGGUAACGCGAAUCGAUUCAGCUCGAUUUCCGAGUGUGAGUCCAUUUGCAUACAACACGAGGAGCCAGUGGUACCUGGAAACGAAGUUAGUGUUUUAAAUCUGUCGUUCUGUAAAGAACCGAUCGACAGCGGAUUUUGCACCGGCAGUAUCAAGCGAUUCUAUUACGACGAAGAACUCCAAGUAUGUUGGGCGUUUAUUUACACCGGCUGCGGCGGUAAUCUCAACAGAUUCAAGACAUUCGAGUUUUGCAUGAGUACUUGCCAUAGGACGAGUAACGAGACAAACGUAAACCCGAAGGACAGGAAGGAUCAAUGUGCAAAAGUUAAGGAGGUGAGCAAAAUGGCUCAUUGUCCAUACGGCAAGGAACAGUACGUAGACGAGCAGGAUUGUGAUCGCUGGCGUUGCGUUGAUCCCUGCAGGACGAAGACUUGUCCCGACGGUACUCGAUGUAUCAUUACACUAGUUGCAACGCAAGAUGGUACAGAAUACAGAGGCGUUUGUCAAUCGAUCGUCAAACCCGGUCGUUGCCAAAAAAUAUCAAACAGCACGAAAUGCGAGCAGGAGUGCGCGACAGAUGCGGAUUGUGUCGAAGAAUUGAAAUGCUGUGACAGCGGUUGCGGUACAUCCUGCUUAGAACCAGCGUCAGAGAAACCUUUGACCACGACGUUACGACCCGUCACUCCAUCACAAUACGGUGGAUCACCUGCAAUGAUCCAACAACCCGAGGAACCUCGUGUUAGCGCACAAGAAGGCGGCUACGUCACAUUGAAAUGCGUCGCGCUAGGAAUACCUAAGCCGAUCAUCACGUGGAGGAAGAAUACUACGCUGAUUGGACCUUCCGAGGCGAGACGGCGCAUACUACACGAUGGAUCCCUUCAGAUCACUAAUUUAUAUACUUACGACAGAGGAACUUAUGUAUGCACGGCUGACAAUGGUUUAGGACCGCCGGUAAAAGCGGAAUAUCAAUUGAACGUUACAGAACCGCGCGAACUCUCCGUCUCCAUCAUUGGUGAACCUGACACUCGCAUAACAGUGGUGAUGAACUCGUCGAUAACUCUGUAUUGUUACACUGUGGGUUGGCCGAGGCCGCUCGUCACUUGGUGGCGCGACGACGAUAUGUUGCCUCUGUUUUCGGAUAUUUACGAGCAGGACAGUGACUACAGUCUGCUGAUACGAUCGGUUACUCUGACUAGCCUUGGUAUUUACACUUGCCAAGCGUACAACUUCUUGGGCAAAGCAGCUUCCUGGUCGAUGAUCUUGCAAGCAAUCGGACCUGUCUACAACGUUAAACCUGAGCAGCAAGAAUACACCAAGUAUCUUGUUCAACCUCCGAGGAAACCCACCACCACUGAGAAGUCGCAGUACCCAUAUAGACCCACCAGAACACCAUCUCCCGAGUAUCAGACCUUCGCUCCUAUUUACCCUUCCAGAUCAACUCACUUGGCUCCUUUCUUCCCGACUACUACUGUCGAAACUGCCAAGGUGUUCAAAGUGCCGGUCAAAGUCAACGUAACAGUGGAACAGUCACAAUUCGCGGAGGGUAGCGAAAUAAGCAUCGGUUGCGGCGUGGACGGCUAUCCUGUUCCACUUGUGCUCUGGUACAAGAACGACGAACUCAUUCGAACGGAUAAUCGCAUAAAGAUUUCUGAACUUAAUCGGCUCAUCAUCAACCACGCGAAUCGCGAGGACUCCGGCCGAUAUCGAUGUGAAGCAACCAACGAGUAUACUUCGGAUUCCGACAGCGUCGACAUACGCAUAGCUGGUAUCUUCAUUCAUCCCCAUUGUCAGGAUAACUCAUUCUUUGCCAAGUGCGAGCUCAUUGUGGCGGCCAAGUAUUGUAUGCACAAAUUGUAUGCGAGGUUCUGCUGCCGAUCAUGCACGGAGGCCGGCCAAUUACCGGUGAAAGGACCCCACAUUGACAACACAAAGAGAAGAAGAAGAUCCAUCCUACGUAUGCUCGUCUAAGAUACCAAAUCGACUCUUCGGUAUUUCCGGCGCGCGUGAUGGCACAUGUCGAUUUUGAUCGUGAUAUUCCUGGGACUCGCGACAGAACACAUACGAAGACAAAGAGAUAUCAUGCGCGCACCCACUCUGCCUCUCGAACGUGCUGAAUUAUCGACUUAUUAACUCAUUGUCAAAGCCUUAAAGCGUUUAUACAUAGAUAUAAUAUAUAAGCACAUCCAACAUAUACACACGCACAUGAACACAUACAAACACACACAGAGAGGGAGAGAGGAAGAGGGAGAGGGGAAGAGAGAGACACGUGCAUAUAUGUGCGUACACCCAUUUCUGACGCAAAAACUGAAGCUGACGCUUCGGUCAGUGCGAUCUCGCUUUGACGUCCUUAUCCAUGUAUAUACGAUCUGACGCUAAGAAUCCUAGUCCGACGGAGCCAUAUUAGGCGGGUUAAUUACUUGUUCUUAAGAGGGAAACGUUGCGACCGCGCGUAUCCGUCAGUACCGUAACUAUUAAUUGUGUAACUACUUCAUGUCUCGCGCUUUAGACGCAUCGUCACCCCAUGAUAUAUCCGAUAAUAGAUCGUAGAAAUAAUAGCUAGCUAUUAGAGAAAUAUGAACGGAGACACAAAGGGAAAGGUGCAAUUUAUAUGGAUAUAUAACCAAAACGCGUUUAUAUAUACACAUACAACAUAUAUACACCGUAAAUGUAAAAGUCGCGAUCGUAACCGAUCGGAAUCGACGUAUCCUCUAGGACGACACUCGAUUGUUUUGUAUGUGCACCGAUUCAAUCGCAGUAAAAACACAGUGCCUUAUUAGAUGACCUUUGGAAAGAAUUGGGGAAAGAAUGUACAUGACUCUCUCGUUUAGUGUAAAUAGCCGUCACGUAUACUCCCGCAUACAUUCCUCUAGAGAGGCGACAUCGUGAUGAUACACAUGUCGCGCAUAAAAUAUAGAUUUAGAGACUUGUCCGACGAAAACUUCGACACACUCAACUUGGUGAUUCUCAAGCACGAACAAGGUGUUAUCGACAAAGAUAUUAAAUACGACCAAGAGACAUGUAAAAUCGUUAGUACCACGUAAAGUAGCGCGACCCACGUUAAUUAACGAUCUAGUGAAUGUGUUGGCACACAGUCGACAUUGUUCAGUCGUUUCCGCGGAUUCGGAAUUAGUUACAGCAGUAUGAGAGCACACAAGGACGAAACGCGAGGCGCAUUCUAGAUAUACGUAUGUGUCGCCCCGUUAGUUCGUUAGAUCUGUCAUAAAUGAUAAUGACUUACGCGUCGUGUGAUUUUUCAAGGGCGCACGGUCGUCGUUAGCUCGAAGAAAAAGAACAAAAAUAUUAAAAUGAUACAGGAAGACGACGGUCGCGUUAGAUAUAUGUAUAUAUAAUUUUCACAUCGUCGUCGUGCGAGUCACUGUCGCGUUCUUCCAAUCACAUAUCCUCCAAGACAGAAUGGCAUAUCCCUAAAGUACGGCACCGACGAUCAUGUAGGUGUACGAUCGUGGUGCGUUUUUGCGGCACGCGUCGCGAUUCCCCGUUGAAUAUCUAAUCCGAACUGCGACUUUUCUUUGACCACACGGUAUUUCGUCGUAUAACUUAUCUCGUGUGUAACGACGUCGGCUAUCGAUUACGAUCCGCGUUGCCUUCCUCGUAUCGAUGAGCGUGUUAUUUCCGCUUCAACACAGACGCUGAUGUAUCGCACGACACUUCAUCACGAUCGACACCACGGGUCUCGACAGUCUUGCGGUUGGCCUCUUUGAAGAAAAAAUUUGUCGAGGAAGAAAAGGAAUCGGAGAAGCAGAAAAACAAAAGGAAAAAUCGCGAUUCAUAUCCCACAUGCGAUAUAUCGAUUGAAGAUAUAUUUACGAUAAUCCUUCCAAAUAAUAAUGAUUGCGGUCGUCUAAUUCGACGAAUUUUAACCAUUAUCGAAGAAUUAAUGAUUAUGUGUAUGUACAGAGUUUUAGUGUGCAAUUACACGAACGCGUUUCACAUUAUUCCUCGUGCGAUCUAUUAUAUCUCCGUUUUUUUUUUUUAUAAAUACACAAUAUCCAAUCAUUAAUAAAUAAGUCACAGAAUGUU